UUUUUUUUCUAAUUUUUUUGUUCUUCAUCUAAAUCAUCAUCCAUGACGAGCUUACAUACGGUCGAAGGCAAACGUAUUUUAUGUACUGCAGACGUAAGAGGUAAUAUCUCUGAAUUGAAUCGUCUUGCACGCGAGUUCAGCGCGCACUAUAUUAUUCACACGGGUGAUUUUGGUUUCUAUGAUCGAUCCAGUUUAGACCGUAUUGGCGAGAGACCGUUGAAGCAUUGGAUCCAAUACACAACACUUGUGCCUAGUCAGACUCGUACAAGAUUACUAAACUCCUCUCCUGAAGUGAUGUAUCGUACACUGGAACAAUCACCUCAUACGUUAUUAUCGGAAUUCCCAGAAUUUCUCUCGCGUGAAAAGCAACUAGAUGUACCUGUGUAUACGGUAUGGGGUGCAUGUGAAGAUGUAGCCAUCAUCGAGAAAUUUAGAUCCAAGGAAUAUCAAGUGGACAAUCUAUUCUUGUUAGAUGAAGCGUCUACUCAUCUUUUGGAUAUUGGCGGUGUCAGCUUAAGAUUAUUUGGCUUGGGUGGCCCCGUUGUACAACAUAAAUUAUUUGAUAAUGGUGAAGGCACGGACACAAUUGCAGGUGGGUUGGGUGUUAUGUGGACCACCGCUUUACAGAUUGGUGAGCUAGUCGAGUUAGCCAAUAGUGUCUAUGAUACCUCAGAGACAAGAGUUCUCGUCACUCACGCUAGUCCCGGAAGAGAAGGUCUCUUGGCUCAAUUGGCACUCACCCUUCAUGCAGACUUUACCAUCUCCGCUGGUCUUCAUUUCCGUUACAAUAUUGCUUACAAUGAAUUUGCCUGUCAACCUGAAAUCGAUCACUUUAGAAAUCGUCUGAUCCAGUCACAGCAACAGUUUAUGCAGCUCUGGGAUGCUAUUAAGGAGCAGGUCGAAGACUCUGUCGAUGAGCACCAGUAUGCUCUUCUUCGUAACGCUUUAAACGUAGUCAACCGUAUCCCUCCCUCUCUUUUGGAGAUGGAAGGAUCGGAUAAAUCCGAAGCUUCAUGGGAAAGAGAUGAAUUAGCCUAUAAAAACAUGUGGAACUUUAAUUUACCUGAUGUCGCUUAUGGUUCUCUCUUGUUCAAUAUUCAUAACGGUAUCAUGGCUUCUGAAAUGAGAUCUUAUGGCUUGAACUUUUCUUACCGUAGAAACCAGCAACAACAACAACAACAACAAGCUUCUCCUGUGACUUCAUCGGUUGCUGAAAAGCCCAAUCAAUACAGAAACAGCACUAGUGCUAAUUCCGAAUGGCAAGAGGAGAACUACAAUAGCAACCGCAACUCUAAAAGACAAAGCAUGCAACGUAAUCUUUAUACAGCCUAUGUCGGUGGGUUGUCCAACACGACAGUAACGGAUGAAGAUUUAAGAGAAUACUUCGGAUAUGAAAAUGUCACUGGUAUCAAAUUCCCCAUGGAUCCUACGACACAGUUGCCAAAGGCUCAUUGUUACGUAGAUUUUAUUAACGGACAUGCACUUGAACAGGCUUUGACAAAGAACGGGAUGAUUUUCCGUGACAAUAAGUUGGUCAUCAACAGACCCAAUACCCAAUUUAAUAAUAAUAAUUCAGACAAUAAUAACAAUCGUGGUCGAGGUGGCAGAGGUGCCAAUAAUAACAGAGGUCGUAACUAUCGUGAUAGUCGUAUCAUGAAUGACCACUGAAACGUUUUAUAAUCUGUUUCAUGACAUCACUUGUCAAAUGAUCAAUAAAAAAAAAAGAGAGUUAUAUAUAUGAGUGUGGG